AACGCAAAUUCCAUUAACAAAGCUUUAAAACUGCGCCUUUCCAAGAACAAGAAUCUUUUUCUUCUCUGAACCUUCAUUAAGAAAACUAAAAGAAAAAAAAAAAAAAAAAAACAAUGGGAUCGAUUCUCUCUGCCCUUGUUGGCGACUCCGCAGCCGCCGGAGACUCUUUGUCAGGCGAUCAUUCUGGAGUGCAAACUUUCCACUCAUCUGAACGUUGGCAGCUUCACUUCAAUUCCAUCAAAGAUUCAUCACAGUUGAUGGUGGUAGAUUUUGCUGCUUCUUGGUGUGGACCUUGCAAGUUCAUGGAACCAGAAAUCAAAUCUAUGGCUACUAAGUAUAGUGAUGUCCAAUUUUCCAAGAUUGAUGUUGAUGAAUUGCCUGGUGUAGCACAAGAAUUUGGAGUGCAGGCAAUGCCAACAUUUGUGCUGGUGAAGAAAGGGAAAGAAGUGGAUAGGGUGGUAGGAGCCAAGAAGGAUGAGCUUCUGAAGAAGAUCGAGAAGCACAGGGCUGCUUGAUGUUGUUCAAUUAUGUAUGUACAAUUGCCAAACAGGACAGGUUGAUAACUCCUUUUUUCUUUUUUCUACUCUCUGCUGUUACUGAUGAUAUGAUGAUAAACAAUAAUUUCAUCAAUCUAUGAUCGCUGUAGUUGUCUUUUGUGUGAUA